AUGUGUCAGUCUUCCCCUGGAUGUCCACCAACCCCCCGGAUCCCAGCCUCGUUCCAGCAUUAUGCUGCCAUCAGCGACCUGACGCUGCCUAAAGCCCUGCAGUUGGAGCUGAAGGGAGACAUCGAGGAUUGCCUCAUCGACAUCGUGAAAUGCGCCUGGAACACACCGGCUUUCUUUGCUGAGAAACUCAAUCGGGCCAUGAAGGGCCACGGUACGAGGGAUCAGACUCUGAUCCGGAUCCUGGUGAGCCGCUCCGAGGUCGACCUGCAGAAGGUCGUAGAGGAGUACCGGGCAAUGUUUGACAGAACCCUCCAUGAGGACAUCGUGAACGACACCAAAGGACAUUAUCAGAAAGUCCUGCUGGCUUUGUGCGGACCGUACUGAAAACCUGAAGACCUGAAAACCUGAAAUCCUGAAGACCUGAAGAUCUGAAAACCUGAAAACCUGAAGACCUGAAGACCUGAAAACCUGAAAACCUGAAG